AUGUCGUCUGUCAAAAAUGUUAUGAAAGAACAGUUGGACAAGAUACGAAAGGGGGAAUCGAAGCAGCUGAUGAUUAUUGACAUGGAUGUUCACAAUAUGGUGGAUAUACCGAAUACUCCAGAAUUUCAUACCAUGCGCCUCAGCUUAACCAAAAUCAACUGUGCACACAAUAAAAUUCCCGAAAUACCGGCGUCAUUUUGUACCCUGGAAAAUUUGGAGUACCUGAACUUCACAAACAAUAAGAUUGUGGCCUUGCCUGCUAACUUGUGCACUAUACCCAAACUUAAACACCUCUAUCUUGGAUGCAAUAGAAUCGACACACUUCCCAAGGGCUUCGGGUCGUUUCCAGCAUUAGAAGUCUUAGACCUCUCAUACAAUAACCUGAGAGAGCAAUCUCUGCCGAGAAACUUCGAAAUGUUGACUGCUACGCUGAGAGCGCUGUAUUUUGCUGAUAACGAUUUUCAGCGGAUACCUGAAAGCAUUUGCAGAUUGUCAAAUUUGGAAACUUUGUCGUUCCGAAAUAAUGAUCUUAUCGAGCUCCCGAAUGCUGUUUCAAAUCUGAAGAAGCUGAAAGAAUUCUUCAUUGAGGGCAAUAGAUUGGAGUACUUGCCUGUAGGGUUCGGAGAGUUGCAUUUUGAUGACGUGAAUCAGUCAAUUUUGCGGGGAAAAGAGAACCCAUGGUGCAGGUCUUUGAAAGAUCAGUUUUUACUGGGACAGCAUCAUGUCAUAAAUCAUAUUCGAAGUGACAACUACAAUUCUGAGUUGUCUCAAGUUCUCAGUGCAUCGGCGCGCACUCUCCCGCCCAUACCCGAUAAAAGCAAAAAAGCUAGCCGCAAAUAA